GUCAGCACACAGAAUAAGGGACUGGAAGGCUUUGGACAUUGCUUGCCUCUCGUCUUGCUCAGCAGGCCAUAAGAAGCUGCCCUCACCGCCAGAAGCCCGCACAGUCACACCUCUCUGAAUAUCCGAAUGUUACCACCGAGGGACCAGGGGCCACAGCUCACUAUGUAUUUGCAGUCCUCCUGAACCUACAAAAAAUAGUGCAACAGAGAAAUAAAGAUGCCAUCUCCGACAGAAGCUUUGAAGAAGGAGCUUGAGGAGGAGCUGAAGUUAAGCAGUGAAGACCUGCGGAGUCAUGCAUGGUACCAUGGGCCUCUCUCCAGGCAGGAGGCAGAGAGACUUCUGAAGACAGAUGGAGACUUCCUAAUUCGUGAUUCCCUCUCCUCCCCGGGGGAUUAUGUGCUGAGUUGUGUCAGUAAAAUGCAGGUCCUCCACUUCAAGAUCAUCGCUGUCACCCUGCGUCCACGCCAAGGCUUCUCCCGGGUCUUGUACCAGCUUGAGCAAGACCAAUUUGAUAACAUUCCAGCUCUUGUUCGCUCUUAUGUUGGCGACAGGAGGCCCCUGUCAGAGUCUUCAAGGGCAGUUAUUGUAAAUCCCAUCAACAGGACUGGGCCACUCAGCAUGGCAAGGGGGAGGCAAGAAUCUCAGAGGGCAAAUAAAGAAAACAGGAGGAGCCUUCACCUGGUUGACAGCAGCUUACUAAGGAACAAAGACAGAUUUGGAAGCCAUCCCGGAAACCUUGAUGUCCUCAAGGAGAUACCCUUACAAAGUGCCCAGUCUGACAGCAACCUGCUCUCAGCUGUUUCUGCAGAGUCUUCAGGGACUCCAGAAGAACCACAAACUGGUCCCCUGUCCCCGAUGUUCCGCACAGGCAGUGACCCAGUCCUAAGAGCCAAAACUCAACCAGUCCUCCCCCUGGACUAUGAUGGAAACAGUGCCUUGAGAGGAUCAGACAGUCAGCUGCACUCUAAGGCUCCCCCAAAACCCAUAAGAGCCCCUUCUUUGCUUCUUCCUGAUCCCCCAGAAGGAUCCGACACAUAUUGUGAACUGGUCCCUCGUGCGCCCGUGACCACCAGGAGAUAUGUGGACACUUUGAAAGCAGAGGAGAAAUGGAAAAACCGCGCCCGCGCCACUGAGACAACUUUUGGUUUUCUAGAUGCUGAAAAAUCACCAGAUGCGAUUUCACUAGCCAGUCUCUGUGAACACAGUCCUUCAGGGAUGGAAAACCCCAAAAUUGUCUACUCUGAGCUGGACAAGUCCAAAGUGAUCCAUGCAAAGAAAUCUAGAACUCUUAUUUUAGAAUCUAAGGAUCCUUCUAGGUUAUCGCAUUCUGGUUUGGAAAAUCCAAAAAUAUCUAACUUUAGAAUGUCAAACUUUAAGGUGAAUCAAUGUAUCAUAGAGAGUCCCGAGGAGGGAGAGGAUUUUGUCCGACCACAAAUACUAACUACAACCUCUUUUCAACCAAGAAUCUUCCAGUCUAUUCUGCUUUCUCCAGAGAAUAAACCUUUGGAACCUAAUGCCUUGCGCAAACUGAAAGAGAUUGUCAGCCAAAAAGACUGCAAAGAGAGCGCUCUUCAUAUCCUGAGAGAAGACUGCCAGGAGUGUCGAACCUGGGGAGUUACCAAAGAGCAACAGAGAAGUAUGGGUGUUCGUUCAGGACUUGAGCUAAUAUUACUGCCCUACGGACAACAGCUAAGACAGGAUCUCCUGGAGAGACAUUACCUGCUGUCCCUGGGUGUAGCGGUGGACAUACUGGGCUGCACUGGAGAAGUCACAGAGCGGGCGCACACCUUACAUCGGAUCAUCUGCUUGGCAUCUGAGCUGAAAGACUCUGCUGGGGAUCUCUUUGCUUUCUCUGCUGUCAUGAAAGCUUUGAUGCUGCCACAGGUUGCACGUCUGGAGCAAACAUGGAAAAUGCUACGUCAAACUCACACAGACAGUGCCAUCACCUUCCACAAGCAGCUAAAGCCAGCCCUGAGAGACAUGGAUGAAUGCCUCACAGUUCCUUCGCCCACCAACAUCGUGGUGCCACACAUUCUGCCAGUACUUAAAGCUUUGGAGGGAGAGGAUGACUGGGGAGGUGCGGUGGAAGAAAGCUGUGGACGUCUGUUACGGAUACUACAAGCUUCCCGAUCCUAUGCUGCCAAUGCAGAGGUCUACCACAGCAACGCCGAUGGCAAGCUCAACGGGUUCGUUCCUCAACCAGAACUGAGAGAAGCCUUUAAGACUGAGUUUUCCUUGAGACUUUUUUGGGGAAGUAAAGGAUCAAUGGCUGAGAAGGCAGAGAGGUAUAAGAAGUUUGAUCAAAUACUGAAUGUUUUAUCCCAAAAACUCGAGCCUGAGACCCAGAGGAGUAGGUUGGCUAGUUCUGUCUAUGGAAUGGCCUAUUAAACGUAUGCCAUCGCAUGACCACAGGAUAGUAAAAUGUCCAACCAAUGGCGUUUUCUCCAGCAACCACCACCAUCUUCAGGCUGUAUGAAACCUGACAGGACAUAGAACUGUGCACGAUACAAGAAAUCAAACCAGGAAGUAUGGCCACUAUAACAAGCAUAACUAACAAAAAAAAACAAGCUGGUACAUGGUCCAUGCAACAGAGGACAUCAAGGUUCAGUAAUGGGAGCCAUGGCAUAGGGUGUGGAGCCACUGUGACUACUGUAAAGACCCACCACCAGACAUCCACUAGAUCAAGGACAACCAACUAAGCCCUCUAAAUACCCACAGUAACUGCAUAAAGAACAUCAAAGCCAAAUACGGUCAAGAAACUUGUUACCACUAUCAUGACUGGGCAUGAUGGGGGUUGAAGUUGGUGAGCCGCCAGUUAGGAAACACUCUUCUAAGGUUUUGGCGAAGUGGAAGACUUUGAUUGAUUUCUUUGGGGGAGGACACAACUACGUCCAGUAUACAGUCAAAGUUGCAUGUUGGCGCACACUGACACAGCUUUCAUGUUGUGGAUGUUACAUUCAAUAUAAAAUAAUGACACAUAACCCAGCUUCAUAGAAGAGGAAAUGAGCAGCCAACAGAAGUGUUCCUAUCAAAGAGGCUGUGUAGCCUUAAUAGCAGUGAAUCCUGCCCGUAUUUACGCUGCUGCCAAGUAUAACAAUGGCCUUAGGUACAUUCCAUAUCUCUGUCCAUGGUAGAACAUUGGUGUUUUUUACGCAUAGUGAUACUCCUUUAAUCCAGCAUCUAAUACUCCAGAACCUGCUUGCCAUACUGUGACAUAGUGUGAAAUUUCACAAAAUGUAAAGCAGAAGGAGAUUCUUCUGAUAAUGUCAGAUUCUGUGUGUAUGUUUUAGAUUCCAUGGGGGACAUGUAUCAUUAUUUGUGUAUGGUAGAAGCAGUUUACCCCUUUUCCCGAAUUCUAAAUUAUGAGCAGAAGCGCUAAAUUUAUCAAUCAAGCGCAAUGAGCUUCAUAAAUUUGGGGUAAAUAUAGUGAUCUCCUCAAUCCACUCUUUGGAAAAUAGAAUAGAUGAUUUAGAGCAUCUUGCUACGUUAAGUCCAAGAUGGCUUAUAUUUGCGCCAAAAAAACAGCACUUGCGUCAAAAUUUUUGGUGUAAAGGAAAAUUAUGCAGUUAAUAAAUCCAUGCGUACUAUAGAUGUCACUCCAAGGUACCCUGAUUCGGACACAUCUGGAGGACAUGCUCUACCAAAACGUGCGCAAAAAAAAAGGGCUUGCGCAAAAUUUUGCGCAAAAAAAUAUACACAAAACAGGGGUAAAAUCUUUGAUACAUGUCCCCCCAUGUGUUCUAUGACUGUCUGAUAAUCCAGAAUACCUGAUAAUCUGCCACUUAUUCACUGUUAGUUUAAAGAAGCACUCUGUUUUUUGUUUUUUUUUAGCAUAUCAUGCACACUUACCAUGACUCCAGCGCCAUUUGUUUCACUCCAGUACAGCUGCAUCUAUGCAUUUUGUUACUCUAAUUUGGUCAUGUGAUCAACAGUUAGUCCGUUACCUGGCUUAAUGUGUCAAAAGGAAGUCAGUCCUGGGUCAGCUGACUAUUCCUCACCUAUUGAAUUGCACCUGCUAGCUCACAGACCCCUUCCAGCUUUAUCUGUAUACUGCUGCUGCUCUUACUGUGGGAUCAGAAUAUAUAGUAGAUAUAGAACUCCCCUGAGGCUGUGUUCACACAUUGCGUUUCGUGCAGUGUUAUUUUCUGUUUUUGCUGUGACUUUACCAAAGUCGUGGCAUAAAGGUGCUAUUUUACUGCAAUAAAAUUUGUAGCAGAAACAGCCAAAAUUUAAAGUGCAAACACAAUGUAAAGACUUCAAAUUUUCAUAGGACACCUCAAUUGUGAAUAUAGGGCAAAUCAAUUUUGUCUCAUGGCAAUACUUUUUUUUUUUUAAACUGCACAUAAUGUGAACUAACCUCAACUCACCUAUGAAUCCAAUAAGUUCCCCUGGGUGACCUCCACCACCAGCAGCCUGAUAAGAUGACCAGGUGCAGAGAUCAAACGCCACACCCAAAGCCAAAGGAUUAAUGGGAAACGUAGGCAGCAUUAAGAAAUAAUUUCAGUAAUGGAUUUGCAUCCAAUAUGGAGCCUAACCCACGCCUGCCACAUCAGAUAAAACAUGGCAUACACAAGAACCUUUACAUUAUUCUCUAAUAAUAACCUAUACUGCAGUGUAUAAGCAAAAAAAGAAAAAAAAAAAAACGGAGUGCUUCUUAUUUCCACUUGGAUUCCUUUUUAUAAAGUGGAUCAAGCAAUCAGCACUUUAAGCAGCACUCAGAACCACUCUCAAUGGCUUUGUCUACUGAAAUGUUAUUGUCUCUUUUGUAUAUUUUAAUAAUUGUAUUAAAGCUUAUUUUUCCAUAACUUUUUAUUUUUCAAUGGAAUCUGAUAAUGUAAUGUAACAU